CCGCGGAAGCGGGACACGGCGGAGGCGGAGGCCGCGGCUGAGGCAGCGGCGGCGGGAUCCAACGACGAGGAGGUCUCGGGCGGCGAGGACGAGGCUGAGGAUAGCGGCGACAGCAGCGACGAGGCGGAUCUCGAGAUGGCGCAGGCCGACGGAGCCGAGAAGGAGUUGCAGGUCGAGUUUAUCUUCACGGACCCGGCGGAGGAGGACACGCCGUACGUGCGCUCCCUCCUCGCGGGCGGAUCGCUCUGCACCGCGACGGGCGCCGACGCCGCCGGCCUCGCCGCCACGGUCGCCAACCAGGUUGAGGUUGGUACAAUGAUCAAGGCAGACGGCGCCCUCUUCGGCUUCCUCUCGGCGGUUAGCCUGCAGAGGCACCGGGCCGACCCGUCCGUCGGAAGGCUGAUCAGCUUGCUCGGCUCGGAUCGCGUCGAGGACGGCCCGCUGCGGCAACGGCUGGCAGGCCUGCUCGCUCCGUCCGGAGGCGCCAACGUCGGCCUCCUCCUCUCGGAGCGGAUGGUCAACACGCCCGUCCAGCUCGUCCCGCACGCAGUAGAGUCGCUCCACCUCGACCUCGGCUGGGCGGCCGCAAACGCCGAGCCCGCCGCCGAGCGCGCUUCGCUCACUUUCGAGUGGCUCGUUCUGCUCGCGCACGAGGAGCUGCUCGCCGAGGGGGCGGAGGCGGUCUCGCUGGUGCGUGGCGGGCUGCCGGGCGGUGGCCAGCUGCUGCUGAUGCUGCUGCGGCCCGAGGCGCUCGCCGCUGCUGUCCCUGCGAUGCGCGCCGUCAUGUGCGACUGA